AUGACUGCAUCAAAGAUAUGGGUUGUUGAGCCUACUAAUUCUGGGAACUUCUUCACCUGGUCUUCUACAAGAGGAUAUGAGCGCAUAAGGAAAAGUAGGAUUGACAGGUGUCUGGUCAAUGAGAAUUUGAUCAACCAAUUUCCGAGAAGUCAACUUCAUGUUCUGAAUCCUGGAAUUUCUGAUCAUUACCCUAUUAAAUUGUUCUGGGAAAAGGAGGAGAGGUUCAAGAAGCCCUUCAAGUUCUUCAACUUCUGGAUGGAAAACAAUAAAUUCAAGGAUAUUCUUCAAAGUGUAUGGUCUAUAGAUGUCAGGGUUCCAAUAUGUACAGGGUUUCUGAAAAGCUAA